AUGAAUAGGGACUCGUUAAUGUCUUCUCCCAAAGAUCACACUGGUUCACGGGGAAGAAUUUCGGGAAAGGGCCCGUUGGACUCGAUAAACGUUGACUGGCUCACAAGAAAUGAUUGUUCGAGCCCAAUUCCUAGCCAAAGUGAUACUACUGCAAAGUCUCAGAAGCUAGAGAAGGAUACAAACGCUACAACGGCGACCACUCAAACUGCUCCGGCGGAUUCAACAACACCUUCAACGGCCACUUCGCGCGCUGUUUCGCCAGAAAUACAGGAUGGAUUGAAGACAACAAUUGGCCAUGGUGCGGCGUCUCAUGAGCAUAAAAAGGCGCCUUUUCGAGACCCGAAUUACUUCGACGGAAUUGAGUGCUCUAAGGUACACAUGCAGCGCCCAAACCACGUUGUUCGUCGUAGCAACUCGCUCUCCAUGAAUUCUAUGGGCCACAUCGAGGACGUCAAGUCUCAAAAGCCAAAUUUCCUACGGUCACUGUUUGGGCGUAAGAAAAAAGAGGAGCCCAAAAAACAGCAAGCUAGAAGAAGCAGUGUUAGCGCGAAAUCCGAUUAUAAAAACUCGUUCAGAAUCAACAAUCAUGAUACUCCGUCUCGUUCGCGAGAUAAGGAGACAAGUCCCGCAACUAGGGACGUUCAGGAGUCCAGCAACGGCGGAAUAUCCCCGAAUCAACCGGAAAUGCCCGCUUUAAGCAGAUCGAGAACCGUCCCAACCAACCCCAUUGAGGGCGAUCCAAAACUUGACGAGUUUCUGCAACGCUAUAGAUCUACUCUUAAAAGUGGUGCUUCCUCGAAUGCUAGACCUAUCUCUGCGAACAAAUUAACCAGACCCGACACAGCAAAGUCGAAGACAACGUUUUCUAUCGAUGAAGACGUAGAAAGCCAUAAUGAUAAGAAACCUUCGUGUGUUUUUGACGCCAAAGGAAGGCCAAUUCCACCGCAUCCUGCCAAAUCUAAUUUGGCACCCGCUUUGCGAAAGCAUUAUCGUUUUGCUCGCAAGGAAAACUUGCGCAGAACAAGUACUAAUGCCUCUUCAUCUGCUAACAAGUUCGGGGCAUUUUUGAAAAGAGUUACUUCUCACAACGAAGAUCCUUCGUCUAAAGGCUCUACCACCGACUCUGAUACGGAAACAAGUGACGAAGAGACUCCGGGGAACCUGCAAAACGACCGAGGGCCUACUAUUCCCGGUUUAGAGGACCUCAAGCCGUUGAAGAAAGUGGCUUUUGCCACGAACACAUAUUUCAAUGAUCCUCCACAACAAAUUUGCAGCAAAAACCCUAGGAAAGGUGAAGUGGAAGUCAAUUCUGACGGAUCUGUGGUCAUUCAUCGUUUGACACCUGAGGAAAAACGGGAGAUCUUGCAAAAGACGACGUCUGGAAUUGUUGUGGGAGGAUCCGGUCAUCUCAAACUUCUCAGCGAUCCAUCAGUCAAUGAAAAUGACAUCAAAAGACGAGAAGAACGAAAGCCUGACGUAAUUGUUUCCAAUGAGGACGGGAAUGAGGCAAAUGCUAAAAAUCAGUCCAAUGCUGCGUUAAGAGGCGCGCAAUUAAAUGACGAUAAGGCACCAAGAGAAGUUGACACGACUGAUAGCGCUAAUGAAGAAGAUGUGUCUGUCAGUAAAAGUGCUGCGGAGGUAAAAAUCGACAAACCUAUGUUUAGCAGACGUUCGGGCUGCUCUCUAUCGUCAUUAGUAUCGACAAGUGAGGAUGACAAUGACGAUGUAUUCCCGCCGCGAGACAUUAAGAUACCACAUGACGUGACUUACACGCGUUGCUGCCAUCUGCGCGAAAUUUUGCCCAUACCUGCAACUUUCAAGCAGUUGAAAAAAGGGUCUACUGACCCAAUUCCUUUGCUCCAAUUGAGAAACCCCAAACCAUCUAUGAUUGAGGUUUUGUCGUUUGGUGACUUUUUGAGCAUUGCGCCUGUGUUGUGUCUUUCCUUGGACGGUGUGAGUUUGAGCGUCGAAAUGUUGAACGUGAUUCUAUGCUCCUUGGCCUACAAAAAGGAAUUUGAGAAACUGUCUUUGCGAAACACACCAAUUGAUCAUGAAGGCUGGCGCUUACUAUGUUUCUUCGUGUCCAAAUGUAAAAGUUUAGGGGCUCUCGACUUAUCAAUGGUUCCAGGAAUGUCAAUAAAUGUUCAGAAGCCUUCAAAGUCGGCCCAGAAGUCUCGCAUUGUGAGAAUGGAGUGCUCUAUGGAUAGUAGAGAAGAGCUUAAUUGGGAUCUUUUGACGGCCGCUUUGGCAACCAAUGGCGGUCUCGAAGAGAUCAUUCUGUCAGGUGCUAAAAUGCCUCUCAAACAAUUCGAAAAUUUCAUUGAACUCGGCUGCAGGCGAACUACUCGACUCGGAUUGGCAUAUAACUCUCUCACAACCGAAAAGUGUACCCUGCUUGCUGAUUGGCUGGUUCGAUCCCAGGUCACAGGUAUUGACAUGGCUUAUAAUGACCUGCGCGGAAAACUAGGUAGUUUUUCUGCCACACUGAUCGAGAAAAUGCAGAACAAUAACAAUGUUUUCAAGUACAUUUCCCUCAAUUCGACGAAUUUGGAAGUUCCGGAUGGUGCGGAAUCGAAGAAUAAUGAGCUGAUACGGCUAAUUAGCAGCUUGUGUUAUUGUGAUAACUUGAAGCUGCUGGACAUCUCCAACAAUCCUCAAAUCUUUCCUCAUAUCACAAGACACCUUGCACACUACCUACCUGUUUUCGUCAAUUUGAUGCGAUUGCAAAUGGAUUAUAAUAACAUUCCUUCAAUGUCAUUAGUUGCUUUAGCUGAGGUAUUUCCUAUGUGUCAAAAGCUGAACUACGUUUCGGCCCGUGGAACAAAAGUGGAUAUUGCAACCGGUUGUGCGUUGGCCGCAGCAAUGCACAAAAGCUCCUCAUUGUUAACACUCGACCUUGAUCUGGAGGGUUUGCCUGACAAGAUUAAGGAUAAAAUUUCCUUGUAUGGCAUAAGGAACAUGGAGUUGGCAAUAAACAAGGUCGAGGAAUGCAAUACAGGUCCAAAAGGUUCUGCUGGGUUAGCCACCUCUAAGGGAGACGUACCUGACAACUUAGCGCUCUUGCAGAAGGAAUUGGCUGAGCUUCUGACUGAGAAACCAAUGAGCAAGGAAGAUCUUGGCGUUGUGGCACAGAGCUUUGUAACGCGGUUGAUGAAAGCCCGGUCUUUCAUUGACAAAAUGACGGAGGACUUGUUUAGGCUUAGAGUUGAUGGGAAUUUGAGCACAAGUGGCAAAGAAACACUUAUUAGAUUUUGUUUCAUUGAUGCAACGUUCGAAAGAGGUUUGAGGCUGUUAGCUCAGCGCUACAAUAACAAAAUCGACAUUCCGAGCCACUCGGGUGGAAAUCUUGCUAAUAAUAGCCACCAGUUACCGAGAAUGGAAUCCGGUGCGACGCUCUCCUCCGACUAUUUUGCUGGGAGUGGGCAUUCAGCUCUUUUGCCGUUCCAGCACCCACCUAUAGAGUCGGCUGGAUCAGGUCCUGCCGAAGACGCGAUCGAGAUCAGGGAUGAUAUCUCUAUGAGCGGGGAUUCCCACGCGCGUGAUCAGUUGAAGGAAGAAGGGGCGGUGUUACGCAAAUCGCAUGGUAUAAUAGAGCAUGCUGCGAAUGGGUCAUUUAACAGCGACGAUCAAAUUGAUGAACAGUUUCUGAAAAAUCAUGAUGUUAAUGAUGUCAUGGAUCUUGACGGUGGGAAAAUCAAGGAGUUUAUUCUCACUCAAGACAUUUCUACGGUGACUGGCUUUCUCCAAACACUACGCAGGCGUGGGGUGGAUUUGAGUGACAUUUUCAAGAAGAGACCGGAUCAAAAAACUCCCACUGAUGCCAGCGAUCCGGCGACUGAAGAACUCGACCUCAAUUCUAGAGAGUCGAGUACCGUCGUGGGGGUCCAAGCAAAUUUACUGGAAGCACAUAACAAGCAGUCUGAUGUUUCUAGCGGCUCUGACUCUGAUUCUGACGUCGUUGACGGAGGCGAUGCCAUCGAUCGCGUCUACGAUGAAGUUUUGGACAAUAUCGAACGUGGCAGAUCCCCGCACAAAACUGGGGCCUAA